CUCCCGGCGACACACCGAUGAUCCUCCGCUGCUCUGCCCGCCUCAGCUCGCCUCAUCCCCGCUGUGUUUAGCCCCAUUCCUCCGUUCCUUUCAUCUCCACGGUCAUUGCGGGAUGCGGACAUGUCUUGACCCAUCCCGAAAGCGAUGUAUGGGCCGCGCACGGAGAGGACCGGGCCGGCGGAAAGGGAGCUGCUGACUGGGAGUGAUCUAGCCGGGAUUGGAGAAUGGAUCCUCGGCUUACCUGCGAUGGGAAGCCGGUGACCGUGUCCUGGAUCCUCGGGUCUGCGCUCAUUAUUUCCUCCCUGGCUCUUUUUGUGAGCUGUCACGGCGCAUGCAAUCACAAAGUGCCCGCUCCCGAUGAAGUGGUCCAUGUCCACCUACAGCACGAGCGUUUGACAAAGAGAAGUUCUGAUGAAGAUCUGCAGCUGAGAAUAAAAAUCAUUUAUGACCAAAGCGUUGACCAGCUAUCUGCUGACAAGAGGAGAUUGGUAAAAGAUAAGCUUUUUCCUCAGGCUAUUGAUUAUCUGCAGAGAGCCUUCAGCGUCAGACACAGAGUGGGACCAGUGCUUCUCAGCAGACAAUGUUCCACAAACCAGUACCUGAGGAAGAGAGAUGACCCUCACCGAUACUGUCAGGGCGCCUGUGCCGAGGUCACCAGAUGUGGACCUGUCAUCGUCCCACAGCACCACCUGCAGCAGUGUAAGGUGUGCAGUGAGCCGGGGAAGUUGGGGAAGUCGUGUGGUCCCACUGGUCCAGCUGAUGGUUCUGGAGUGGAGGAUUCCGACUUUGUGCUUUAUGUGAGUGGCAUCACCACUGAGCGCUGCGGGCAGGAAAACAUCGUCGCCUACGCCGCCUACUGCCAACUGGAGGCACAACUCGACCGACCCAUAGCAGGAUACGCUAACCUGUGUCCAGCCAUGAUCUCGUCUCAACCGCAGGAGUUUGAAGGAAUGCUGUCCACUGUCAAACAUGAGAUUAUACACGCUCUGGGUUUUUCGGCGGGUCUUUUUGCUUUCUUCCAUGAUGAUGAGGGCAGACCGCUGACUCCUCGCUUCGCCAGUGGACUGCCUCCCUUCAAUGAGACUCUGGGCUUGUACCAGUGGAGUGAGUCUGUGAUCCAGAGAGUGACCCGACUGUGGAACACCAGAGGAGGACAAAUGCUGCAGCACCAGGUCCAUGUGCUCGUCACCCCCAGAGUCAGGGAGGAGGCACGGAGACACUUCAACUGUCCCAUUCUGGAGGGGAUGGAGCUGGAGAACCAGGGAGGAACAGGAACUGAACUGAAUCACUGGGAGAAGAGGCUGCUGGAGAAUGAGGCUAUGACGGGCUCGCACACUCAGAAUCGUGUGUUUUCGCGGCUCACUCUCGCACUCAUGGAGGACAGCGGCUGGUACUGGGCCAACUACAGCCUGGCACAGAGGCUGGACUGGGGACGAGGUCUGGGCUGUGACUUUGUGAUGAAGAGCUGCAAGUUCUGGAUGGACAAUCAGAGAGAGAGGAGACAUUCUGUGACUCCGUUCUGUGACACGGUGCGGGCGUCUCCUUUGCAGCUCACCUGUCGACAGGAUCAACUUGCUGUGGCUGUUUGCAACCUACAGAAGUAUCCACAGGAACUGCCCCCGGAGUAUCAGUAUUUUGAUCAGAUCCCAGACAUUGCUGCAGAGGAGCUGUCAUAUUUCGGAGGAGCUGUGGAGAUCGCAGACUUCUGUCCCUUCAGCCAAGAGUUCAGCUGGCACCUGAGCGGAGAAUACCAGAGGAACUCGUACUGCCGCGUCUCUGAAAACCAACCAGACUGGUGGAGGAACUAUGGAGCAGAGCAGUAUGGCCCUGAGUCUGUAUGUCUGUACCAGAAGUCUGCGUUUGUGAUGGAGCAGUGCACCAAGAAGAUGAGCUACCCAGACUGGGGCUCCGGCUGCUACAAGGUCUCUUGCUCUCCUCAGGGCCUGGUGGUUCAUGUCCACAGCCGUUCAUAUCUCUGCCUCAGAAAGGGGCAGCCUCUCAGUGUGAGCGUCAAAGCCAACGACUGGGUCUACAACGGAGUCCUCCUCUGCCCCAACUGCUCCGACUUCUGUGACCUCUGUCCCCUGCCCCACCAAGUCCCGCCCAUCAACGCCUCCAGGAGCACCCCCAUUGAUCCGUGCUCCAGUUCCCCGGGUUUGGCCAUCACCCUCUGGCUCUUGAUGCUCAACCUGCUCCCCCUAGUGGCCGGACUGCUGCUCUGCCACUGUAGCUGAUAGACGUUGACAGGUUCACAGCCAAGACCAUAGUAACACAAGGACCCUGCUGCCAUUUUACACUCUUCGAUGUAGCUCUUGUCUUAGGAUUCAAAACCGCAAAUUUUUCAAGUUUUUUGGUCUUUUGGCAAUUUUCUAUUUCUCAGGGCUCUUGCCACAGCAUUAAUUUCUUCUUCUAAAAUGACUGUUAAAGUUUCAAGGAGUUUCAAGGACCAUUUUUGCUAAAGCCCGAUAUUGACUUUUAUUUAUUUGGACCAGGAUGAAGGAACUCAUACUAUCUCAUUUCUUUAUAGGACUUGUGACGUUGGGUAAAUACUGUAUAUUUUGACUUUAAGAAGCUACUUAGAGGAGUGGCGACAUGUAUUCACUUAAAAACGUACUUUAAUUCUUAGAUCAGUUAAGGCAGGCAGUACUUUCACUUUUAUUACUUGUAUCAGAUCGAUACAAAAAUCACUGGUCUUAUCCGUCAUUACUGAUCAGAAAUUUUAAAAAAAGGAAAAGAAAACAGGCGAUUAUAAUUCUAAUAAUUAAGGCAAAAAGUUUUAAUAACACAGUAGAGAAGAAUGGAUAAUUUUCUUAUUUUCUAAUCUGGACAGUGGCCUUCACAUGCUCACCAAAAUAUGAUUCGAAUCUGAUUUCUGUCCAUUUACUAAACACUUUCUUGUGUACGUCUAUACUGGAUUUGAUCAACUCUUCAACUUAAACCAGGUCUAAAAAAAAAAUCCCAAAUUAAUGUUUUUGAAAAUCAGAUUUGUAGCAUUUAAUUCAUUUGUCUAUGAUUCAAACCUGCUGACUGAUAAGGCCACAGUACUGUAUUGGCGUUGCACUGCUGUAGUUCAAUGGUGCUCUUGAUUAAAACAGCUCUUAUUUGUUUAGACGUUAUUUAUGAAGACGCUAUUUUUAUUAAUGUAACUUGAGAUUAACUUAACUGCAGAUAUUGAUGCAGUAAGAAUGGCAGCUUUAAUCAACUUUUCAAACUAUAUAUAUGUAAUUUAUGUUGUGUUUCCUAUACUACUUUACGUAUCCAACUGUACUAAAAAUUGUUGCUUAAGCCUCCCCUUUUUAUGAAGUAUUCAUUGUAUUAAGAACAAUUUAGUGUUGUUUUUUUUGUAUAUUUCUUUACCUUUUUGAUUAAUUUUUAAAGAGGGGGUAUUACGCAAAAUCGACUUUUGGAGCUUUCUACCAUGUUAUAACAUUCUCUCAUGAAAAACAUGCUCGAAGAGGUUUUAGAUGUCAUGCAUGUAUGUUUGAGUAAUGUAUUGAUCUCUCCCAGGCCCUAUUCAAACCCUCCUUAUGGUUAGCUGUACGACUCUGCCCAAAGCUCAGCCCACAAGCCUACGUCACCCAUGCUCCCACACGACAAUUUCCCAUAAAUAUUUAAAAAAAAAUGGAAAAAAAACACAACAACUUGGCAAAGCUGAUGCGAUGUGCAGUAGUUUCAUGUGUGAACAUGCACUCAGACUGUGCUAUGAUGUCACUCUGCGGUAGCCUGAUUCAUCAGCCGGUUUCACUUUGUGGAAACAGUCUGACCUCGUAGCGUUAGAAUUCGUUCUCUCAACGGUAGGCGGGUACUUUUUUUCAUUUAACCAAUCGCUGCUAUUUGGUCGUGACGUAUGUAAUGCGCUGCUAACGGGGCUAACUGGUAUAUUAAGCUUUUUCCAGAUCCUGUAUGAAGAAGGGCAAUAACAUCUUUCCCCUUGAUGAAAUUCACCAAACAUUCUCUUUAUUCCGGCUUUAAAUCCUUGAUCUCGGGAAUAGUUGCCAACACAGAAUAUAUGGCUUUUCGCUGAUUGGCUGGUGCCCAAACUCGUACUUCUGGGGUUUUUGUGAACCGUCUAGUGUAUUCUGAUUUCUGACCUAGUUGCUGGAGAGAAAUCAAUUUGAGUGGAGGUAUUAGGUGGUGCCAGCCUGGCUAACUCUGAGUGGGACUCAGAGCGUAAAAAACAAAACUGGAACUAAUUUGGAUAUAUUGUUUUUGGCAUAUAUUUCAUUUUCAAAACAAUACAAGGUAACAUGGUGACCUGAAUAUGUUCUGUGUUAGCUGUUAAUAACACAUAGAAGUGUAAUACCCUCUCUUUAACCAUGAGAUGCUAGAGUCACCAGAAGCAGAGGGAUUCACAGGGUGCUGGGUCACCACACAGCAUGAAUACUCAUUUACUGAACUUCCAUAUUAUCUAUUCAUUAUUUUUUUUAAGUUUUGUGAUAUACUUUGAAUAAUUUCAUGAAUGAGGUUCUAUGUUUAGUAAGAUUGCUUUGCUUUACAAGGUACACACUUCAUACCCAAGGAUGUCUCAUGUGAAGGUUUUCUUAUGAUAUGUGUUUCUACAUUACCCUAAAAGUCUUUUGAAUUCCUGUAGCUAUCUAAGGUUUAAACACUUUCUGAUUGUUAAUAAUGUUUAAAUGUUGAAAGUGCAUAUGAAUCUGCCAAAACAUUAUGACAACAACAACAAGUGACCUGACUAUAGACUAGAAUUUGUUUAGUCCUGGUUUAGUCCUGGCUUGGACCUGGUUUAGACUUGGUUUAGAUUUGGUUUAGACCUGGUUUAGACAUGAGUUAGACCUGGUUUAGACAUGAGUUAGACUUAGUUUAGUCCUGGUUUAGUCCUUGGUUUAGUCCUGGUUUAGACUUGGUUUAGUUCUGGUUUAGACCUGGUUUAGUCCUGGUUUAAUCCUGGUUUAGUGUCUAGUGUUCACAAUGUUUUGCUUGAUUUUCUACACCUGAACUGUGAUUUUAUUUAUUUUUUCUUUUCACUACUUUAAAACUAACCUUAAGACUUUAUGGCAUGAGGCUGUGCAAUGAAGGUAAUAUUUAUUCAUAACUUGACAACAUCACUCAAAACAAAACAAAUGUACUGUUCCAUGUUGUUUACUGUCAUAGCUCAAUAACUCUGCUGACUUUUUUGUUUUCAUCCAAAGUUUAAGGCAAACUGUGCUCCGUUUACUUUUCCAAAUGCAGUUUUUGUCAUUAAUUUAUUGCUAUAUUGUACUAUACGCUUAAUAGAAAUGUGACUGUUCUUUAUCUGAUGUACGUUGAAAGUUUUCUUUUAAAAAUCUCUAAUGGCAGCCAAUUUUGCACUGAAAGUCCUGAAUGACCAUGUACCGUGACUGAGAAAGUGGAUUGUUAAAUACAUCAAACUUUGUCUUUAUUUAUUGUAAUAAUUUUUUUUUUUUAGUAAUGCUUUUAAAAUU